AUGAACCAUGGUAUUCCAGGCAAAUCCAAUACAGCCAUUGUAUUCGAAUGGCAAUCCCAAGAUGAAUUUAAUGGCUUUCUUCUGCACAUCUGCCUCACAAAGGCCCAGAUACCAAUGACUUGGGGAAACUGUAGUCGAUCUACUAGGAUCUAUGACUUGUUUUGUAAUGAGUGGGACUUAUGUGGCAUGUUAGAUCCCAGCAGCAUUCCCAAUGGCAACUGGGAAGAAGAUCAUUUCCCGGCUGUUCCCACUCCUUCUGGUCCUCCUCCACCCCCUCCACCCCCACCCCCACUGUCCAGUUUCAUGCAGGAUAUUGAGAACUACUUUGGCUGUCAUAGGGUUGCACCCUCAUUGAAUUACACUCAUGGCAUUGAACGUUUCACCUCAAUCCUUCAUUUCCAUCUCAGAUUUCAGCUCACAGCAUUGACCCACACAGCCCAUGAUAGAUCAACCACAUUUGAAGAGUGGAUUCAGAGGACUACAUGGAUUAACCUAUGCAAACUCAUUGGUGACUUGGGUGACAACGUUGAAUUGGUUGCAGACACACGGAAGCACAUUAUCACAUGUUUCAUUGGUUACCUUGUUACCCUCCCCAGCUCUCAGUUGUCUCACAUACUGUCUGAUCUCUGGGACCUAGGACCCAAUAUCUCCCUGUCAGCCUUGAAUGAAAACAUUCAAGUUUCUUACAUCCACGUGUCUGAGCAGCAGCAGCUCUAUGUCAUUCAGCCAUGUCUAUCACCAAGUCUGGUCACCUGGAAACUUGUUGUUCCUGAUGCUGCCACUGCUGUGACAUGCCUCCACCAUGACUGGGGGUCUGACAUCAUGGAGAUCGUGCGCAAUCUUCUCCAAAAAAGAAUCCCUUUCAAGACACUGCAGUCGAUAGCAGUUCCACCUCACGCACAACAUCCACUUGUGGAACUCCGUACAUACUCGCUUGGAUACAAGCACCCCAUUUUUAGCGCUGUGUAUGCUGAUUAUGUCGUGUAUGAGCAGUAUCAUUAUGAGUUUAUGAAUCAGCCUCGUGCAAGAGCUGCACUUCUUCAUGGGGGGCUCGUAUGGCGGCUGGCUUUACAUAGCAUUGGUUUCGACGCACUCCCCUCAGUUCUCGAUGGCAUUUCGCGGGAAGCUGUACCAUUGGGCCUCAUGUUGUCCAUUAAUGGCCAAACUUACUUUGACGAUGAGUUAUCAGAGGAGGUGGAUUUUAUUUGCGGGACUUAUCACAUAUAUGACAGAGAUCUCUUGGUGGCCUAG